AUGUUUCCUUUUCAUUUUCUCAGGUUCAACUACAGAUCCACGCAUCAUCUGGCCUCAAAUGGCUUCUACGAGUUCCUCAACUGGUUUGAUGAAAGAGCGUGGUAUCCUCUGGGCAGGAUCGUCGGCGGAACAGCUGAGGGCGAGUGGAGCGACCUUUGGGAGAGUCCAGGAGGUGGACCAGGACGAGUCUGGAGAGUCCCGGAGCUGGACCAGGACGAGUCUGGAGAGUCCCGGAGGUGGACCAGGACGAGUCUGGAGAGUCCCGGCGGUGGAUCAGGACGAGUCUGGAGAGUCCCGGAGGUGGACCAGGACGAGUCUGGAGAGUCCCGGAGGAGGAUCAGGACGAGUCUGGAGAGUCCCGGAGGAGGAUCAGGACGAGUCUGGAGAGUCCCGGAGCUGGACCAGGACGAGGGGAGUAGCGAGGAGACUGUACCGGGUUGGGUGGGGUUGGGUGGGGGGUGGGGUGGGGUGGGUGGGGUGGGGUGGGGUGGGGUGGGUAGAGUAGGGUGGGGUUGGGUGGGCUAG